AGAGCCAAACAGGAUAGAGUCACUACUAUAAAAAGAGCUUGUGCCUCUUUUUCGGUCAUCAUUAGUCUGAAUUCCAGUCAAGAUGAGAGCACAAUACGUCCUUUUGGCUUGCCUUGCCCUCCUGGCUGUCGCCAUCGAAGCUGCCUCCAUUAAAUCAUCGGCUAGCAACGAUCUUUAUCGUCGCGUUGUUUGUGUUAGUAAGCCGAAUGGAUUCCGUACUCUUCAACCUGGUAGCUGCUCGCAGUACUUCGAGUGCUUGGCUGGUGUUGCUGUACAAAAAUCAUGUGAACGUUUCUAUGAUCCCAAUGUCCAGCGUUGUGUUAACUACAACACCGGCUGCACCGAGGAAAAACAGUUGAGCGACUCGAAACCGAUCGCUGGCACUGUGGUAGCAUCAGAGCCGUGCGAAACGACAACUUCUCCAUGUGUUGAGACUACAACUCCUCCUUGUGCUCCUGAAACUACAACCACCACCUGUGCACCACCAGCAACACCGACAACCCUUACAACAAAAACAACGACAACAACUACAUCCAAAAUAACCACAACAAAAACAACUACAACAACUACGCCCAAGACAACAACGACCACCUGUACCACACCAACAACAACCACGCCGAAAACAACCACUUGUACUACACCUGCAACAACCACGUGCACAACAACAACCUGUGCUCCACCUAAGCCAACACCCUGCUCAUCUUAAGGACGUAAAAGUGUUUCCUCUCAGGGCACAAUAGUUCACGUUCCUUUUAUUAUGGCUAUGUGAAAAACGUGUUAAAUAAACAGUGCAGAGUAUUCA